GACAAGGAGGAUCGGAUCCGGGGAAUAUAUUGCUCUUUCAUGCGCGAUGUAGGCGGCGUUCUCAAGCUGCCCCAGAUCACAGUCGCCACGGCCAUCAUGCUCUGCCACCGCUUCUACCUCCUCCAGUCCCAUGUCAAGAACGAGUGGCAGGUACAAUAUACCCUGCUCGUGUACCAUACAGUGCCGAAUUGUUCCAGCACCUACGGCCUUUUGUUUUAGUUUAAUCCCUUGCACUAACCCUUUCGGCGCGGUCGAUUUACGCGUGAAACAAAGAAAUUGUUGUUCACAUCAGGCUGUCCACGCUCUUUGGGGGUAAAGUGUUACAAGUUACCCUUUUUGUUGGUUAUCACCGUGUCUGUCAGAACUAACCAAUUUUUCUUUUGUCACUUGUGUAGCACUGUGUCCGGACUAACUGUGCUCCUUACCUGUGUAGAUUUCUGAAAAAUGCUUGCAUUUUCUGUUUAGCAUUUCAGAUCCUAACAUCUCCUGACAAUGUAUCAUCUUUUAAGUUAGUUGAGGGUUGUGUAACAGUGUGUCUGUGUGUGCAUUUUGAGCACGCCUAAAUGGGUCUUGUUGCUAUUGAAGUGACAAAAAAUGUAUGAUGUGUCUUGGAUGAAAGAUAGAGUUGGUGUCUUUCACACGAGUAAUGGGUCUGGAAGUGAGGUUUAGCUCUAUGCAAUUUUGCUGGAGAACCUAAAAUUACGAUUGUGGACGAGAGGUGUGGUUCUGUUGGAGCAACUUUAUCGAAUUUGAAGCGGCAUUUUCUAAUAAUGCUCUAAACAACUAUCGCAACUGCUUGCAUACUUCUUGCAUCGAAGAUCGAAGACACACCUUGCUCAUUGAAACGUGUCGUUAUUGCAGCAUAUGAAACAAUGUAUCGGAGAAAACCUGAUACUGCCCGUAGAAUCCAUGAGAAGGAGUUUCUCGAGAAGCGGAAGUCCCUAGUUGUGGUAGGGGAGAGACUAUUGCUUUCAACCAUUAGGUUUGAUUUCAACAUACAGCAUCCUUAUGGUCCACUAAACUGCGCUCUCGAGAAUCUGGGGAUCUCCCAGAAGGAAGUGCAACAGGCUGCAGUAAAUCUCAUUCAUGAUGCGCUUCGGUCUACAUUGGUUGUGCAAUUCAAACCACACUACAUAGCUGCCGCGUCUCUCUUUCUUGCUGCUAAGCGUGAGGGUUUCAAACUUCCUCUUGGAAAAGGAAAAGUAUGGUGGCAACAGUUUGAUGUUGCUCCACAGCAGUUGGAAGCUGCUGUUUCUCAAAUGAGAGAAGUUUGUGUGAAAAGAAAGCCAGGCCCGACAGUUCCUGCUGUCAGGCCCACUCCAGAUCCUACUCCGGUGGAAAAGCAGCCUGAAAUGAACUUUCCGAAGCCUGUUCUGAAGUAUGUAUACUCAAGGAGACCCCAAAGCAGGCCCGCUCCAGCUGGAACCCCAACUCUUGUGGAGAAGCAACAGAUAAUAAGCACCGUGGACCCUGUUUUGAGGCCUACACAGUCUUCAGGGGGAGACCUAAGCAGGCCCACUGCAGUUCCAACUGCAACUCCUACUCUGGUUGAGAAAGAGCAGAUAAUAAGGAGCGUGGGUGCUGUUUUGAAGCCUACAAACUCUUCAGGUGGAGGUCCAAGCGAGCCCACUGCAGUUCCAACUGCAACUCCAGAUGUGGUUGAGAAACAGCAGAUCAUAAGCACCCCGGACUCUGUUUUGAGGCAUGCAGACCCUUCAAGGGGAGGCCUAAGCAGGCACACCACAGCUCCAACUGUAACUCCAGAAACUUCAACUCUGGCGAAGAAACAGCAGAAAAUAAGCACUCCGGACUCUGUUCUGAGGCAUACACACCCUUCGAAGGGAGGGUUAAGCAGGCCCACUACUUCUGCAACUCGAGAUUCAACUCUGGUGAAGAAACAGCAGGUAGUUAGCACCCUGGAGUCUGUUCAAAGCCAUGCACACCCUUCAAGGAGAGGCCUAACAAGCAAUAACUUCGAUAGAGAGGCUCCCAGGCGUAUGGGUGUGGACCGUUUGGUUCAUCACAAUUCCACUGGCAGCUCAGUGAGGAAUGGAAGUAACAAGCCACUUCCAAGGAAUGAAGAUAACAAGCCACUGCGUAGGCAUAUGGAUCUAGGCUCCAAUAGAACUGUGAGGGAUGAAAGGUCAGAGAAGCAAUCUUCCCAAUCGGCACUAAAGGCUGAUCAUGUUCAUGGCGAACAGAAAGAUAUAGAUGUGGCGAGGGUUAGGAAGAGAAGAAUUCAGGAGGAUGGAGAGCAUCCAACUCCGGUUGAUAGAUCUGACCAAGAUUCUUGGACGGGGCAGCAUAUUCAAAGUGUGAUGGUUGUUGAACCUAAGUUGCCAUCUUUGAAGAGGCACAAGAUCUAGUCCAAAGAGGUUAAAUAAGUUAUAUGUAAAAGCCCAUUGGGACUGCUAUUUAGGAACAAAGGUUCAUGUAGAGAUGAUGAGAUGAUGUGUUAUUGACUUAUUGUGCAAGGUGCCUAGUUUAUGGAUGCCUUAUAAAUUGAUUAUCCGCACCGAGGAAGAACAGAGAUGAAAACUGAUGAUUGUGGGCAGAAUUUUUCCGUGAGGUUUUGUAGCCUGAAUCAUAUUAUUUAUGCAUGAAGAUGGAAGGCAUUUGCUCGUCUAGUUGAACCUAGGAAACAUUUGAUUAUCUGCACUGAGAGAGAACAGAUACGAAAACAUCUGAUUCUGAGCAGAAUUUUGCCGCGAAGUUUUGUAAACUCAAUCCUGUUAUGUAUGCAUGAAGACGAAGGCAUUUGCUCGUCUCUAAUUGGACCUAGGAAACAUUUGGUUAUCCGCACCGAGCAAGAACAGAGAUGAAAACCGCUGAUUGCUGGCAGAAUUUUGCAGCAAAGUUUUGUAACCUGGAUCAUGUUAUGUAUACAUGAAGAUGGAGGGCAAUUGUUUGUAGAAACAUAGCCUAGGAACAUUCUUGUUUGUAGAAACAUAGCCUAGGAAACAUUCUUGUUGAGAAACAUAGCUGAGGAAACAUUCUUGUUUGUUGUACAAACAUAGCCUUAGGAAACAUUCUUGUUUGUAGAAUCAUAGCUGAUAUGUUAACUGUCAGCGUGUAUAUGGUGAAUUUUGUGGCCAGUAUCUCUUGUCAGCCGUGGAGCUGCUUUGUAAAUAUUCUGUAAAUGUACUGCAAUGUCCUCUCUUAGCCAUCAACAAUUUUGUGGAGAUGAAGUGAAAUGAUCGCUGCAUUUGUAAAGUUC